ACAUUGCUCUAUUCCCAUGAGGCUGUAGUGCGAUCUAGGUAGGUACCUAUCUCGGUUGUAUAGGGGGCGUGUCUGCAUGAGGGGGCGCCUAAAUCGAGCUACCGCUUCCGUUCGAAGAAUGUCCCAUCUGGGUAUUUAAUCGUAUAGAAAACUGUAGGCUCGUGGCUUCAUCUACCUUCUGUAGCACUCUUUGUAUCCUUUGAAGCUGAGGUUUCCUUCAACACGUUGAAACAUGAGGCACCUUGAGAAGCUGGGACGUCUCGCAUUGCGUCAUGCCCCUCGAGACGGCGUUCACGGACCGCAGGCAUGUGCUACGCUGCGUGUUGAGUCUUGGGACCAGGCAACAGAGAUCAGUGCGGAAGAACUGACGAGUAAUCAGUUUGGGCUGCACGAUUGCCCUGAUGAAUGUGGAAAUGCAGGAUAUCCAGCGGGUACCUUGCAUGAUGAAUGCUCUACCUCGAGCAGAUGCCAAGGUGCUGUUCAAGCCACUCGCCGAGACGGAGCAACUAAUCACCACCAUUCAUCGCCAUCGGUAAACAGCUGCCUUGUAGGUUCGUUGCACCUCCGCCGGCCUCUCCGAAGCCCUUCUAUUCCAGAUGGCCAUUUGUGGCAACAGACCCCUGCUCGAGGCUUUGCUGCGUCAGCGCUUCCAACAGAGACUAUGGAAACGGUUUUUCGAGAGCGGUAUGUUCCUCCGGGCGGUUUCCUAGCGCUCAAUAACCUCCGCGACAAUCCGGGGGCAAAGAAAGAGAAAAAGCGGUUAGGGCGAGGGACGGGGUCAGGCCUGGGGAAAACAAGCGGACGGGGUCACAAAGGCCAGAAGGCACGAGCAGGUAGGAAACCACGUGCCGGUUUCGAGGGCGGUCAGACCCCCUUGCGGCUGAGCAUUCCAAAGAGAGGGUUCCACAAUCCGUUUUCCUUGGAUUUCCAAGUGCUAAAUUUAAACCGGUUGACCGACUACAUUGAAAAGGGCAAGAUCGACCCCAACAACCUCAUCACCAUGAAGACUCUGAAAGAUGCGGGUGCGAUCGGAAAGGCGAUGCGGGACGGCGUAAAAUUAUUGGGGCGGGGCAGCGACGAGUUCAAGCACCCCAUCAAGAUCGAGGUGACUCGAGUGUCGGAACAAGCACGGAAGACGAUCGAAGCUGCCGGGGGCACAGUUACGACGGUUUAUUACAACAAGCUGGGCCUGCGGGCUCUGUACAAGCCGGAAUGGUUCAUCAAGAAGGGCCGAAUGAUACCAAGGCCAGCACGACCACCUCCAAAGAUGAGAGGCAAGACUGACACGAUUGGCCGCCUUCCUGCACCUACCACGCCUUUGGAGCUGGAAGGUGAAGGAUCAGUUCCUUGAGUUUUGAACGGAAGAUACGGAUUAUACUAGGAAGCUUGUGUCGAAGCGGGCUUUCGGUUUCAGCCGCAAAAAGUAGCAAAGAGGAAGUGGUGUCCGCAGUGCUUCAGGGUCCAAAUCAGGGGGCUAAAACGGGAGUGUACCGGUUUGACUUGUCUGCGCAAAUGAGGCUCUUACAUUGAAUAAGUGCUGCCAUUCCUUCCGAUACGAAAAGCAACUUGGACAGAUCAAACUCAUUUGUUUAACUGGAAGGUCACCUCCAGACUCUGUGUCCCUUAAGGCCCGUUUGAAGGCUUGUGUAUGGGGGUUGACGUUUGCAAUUGGCCCCAGAUUCCACCAGCCAGAUUGAGAUCCUACUAUGAGCCGCCCCUGCUAAGGUCUGCAAGGUGUUCAACCA